UAUACCAAAUGCAAGAUCUCUCCCUUAGAGAUACGCCUCUCUAAUGCUGCGUGUGUGACUGUUGGCAAAUGGAAGUUUGCCAAACCCACAUGGAAUAGUGUGAGAAUGAAUCAAGAUUGUGCCGAGAGACUUUAACACAUCAUUCCAUGCCUCCAACUUAGAGUUUGCAGUUGGUAGAAAAUUUACUGUUAGUUCCUCUGCAAGUUUUUGAUGUGCAUCUGGACAGCUACUUUAAAAACAUAUGAUGUGGUAUUGAACAUAAAAAAACAUGAAUUUUGUCCUGCAAAGUUUUCUAUUUCUGCUGCUACAAGAAGUCAGUACAGCUAUGGACGAUGACGUAAGAUCCAGCUGCAGAACUGCUCCAAAUGACCUAGUUUUUAUUUUGGAUGGUUCCUUCAGUGUCGGACCAGAUAAUUUUGAAAUAGUCAAAAACUGGAUUAUUAACAUAUCCAGCAGUUUUGAAAUAGGGACUACAUUUACACAAGUUGGUGUUGUACAAUAUAGUGAUGAUCCUGUGCUAGAAAUCCUAUUGGAACAACAUAGGUCCAAUGAAGACUUGAUGGAAGCAAUGGAAACAAUCUUAUAUAGGGGUGGAAACACCAGAACGGGAAAAGCCAUAACAUUUGGAGUUAAUAAUGUGUUUGCUACCUCAAACAGGGCUGUUAAUGCCGUUACCAAAGUAGCAAUUGUACUUACGGAUGGAAGAUCCCAGGAUGAUGUGAAGGAAUCAGCAGAAGCAGCAAGGAAAAAGAAAAUUAUAUUAUUUGCAAUUGGAGUUGGUCAGGAAAUAGAAGAUGCAGAACUUCAAACAAUUGCCAAUAAGCCAUCAUCCACUUAUGUUUUCCAUGUGAAGGAUUACACUGGAAUGUCCAGAAUUAGAGAAAUAAUGAAACAGAAACUUUGUGAAGAAACUGUCUGCCCCACAAGAAUACCUGUGGCAUCUCGGGAUGAAAAGGGAUUUGAUAUCCUUGUUGGAUUAGAUAUUAGGAAAAAAGCCCUUAGAAUUGAAGGCUCUUAUCAUGGCAAAAGAGGUUACAGGGUUACCGCAGAGGAUGAUUUAACAGAAAAAACAAGUGAUAUCUUUCCUGAUGGCCUUCCACCUUCCUAUGUCUUUGUAUCCACAUUACGAUUCAAGAGACCCACAACAAAAGAAAAAUGGGAUUUGUGGAGAAUCUUAUCUUUCGAUGGUACAAUUCAAACUGCUGUUACACUGAAUGGCGAAGACAACACAGUCAUUUUUCAUACAACUCAAGCAGUGAAUGAUACGCAGUCUGUGACCUUCACUUCAGCACGUAUAAAGGCUCUGUUUGAUGAAGAAUGGCACCUUUUGCGAGUCCUAGUAACAGAGAGAGAUGCUACAUUGUAUUUAGACGAUAAAUUAAUUGAGACAAGGCAACUAGAACCUAUUCUUGGUAUCUUCAUCAGUGGAAAAACUCAGAUUGGAAAGUACUUUGACAAAGAAGCAACGGUACCAUUUGACGUCCAAAAAUUAAGGAUUUACUGUGACCCAGAACAAAAUCAGCGAGAAACUGCUUGUGAAAUUCCAAAUGUUAAUAUUCCGUGCGACAAUAGUCUUGAUGAUGUUAUUUCUACAUCCUCACCAUGUAUGUGCUCCCCAGGGUCACCUGGCCUUCAAGGAAUAAAGGGAGAACGUGGAAUACCAGGAGAAAAUGGCGAUCCUGGCAAACCUGGUGCAGAUGGUAAGCCUGGAAUGCAGGAUUACCUGGAAACUCAGGGACACCAGGACAACAGAGAAUUCCGGGAUUACAAGGGAAUCGGGGAUAUAAGGGUGAGGAGGGGAGACAUGGUGCUCCGGGCAAACAAGGAGCUCCAGGCUUACAAGGAUUACCAGGACAACAAGGCCCUAUGGGUCCUGAGGGGUUCAAAGGAGAACCCGGCCAACAUGGUUUUAAUGGCAAAAAGGGUUCAAAAGGUGACAAAGGUUCUCAAGGCUAUCCUGGAUUAUAGACUUCCUGGACAUCAAGGUGAAAGUGGAAAUAAUGGCUUACCUGGAAUUCCUGGCACAAAGGGAGAACCUGGAGAGGUUGGUCUACCAGGGUUUGAUGGAAUGACAGGACAGCCUGGUAUUCCAGGAAUGCCAGGAAGUGUAGGAGCAAUGGGUCACAAGGGAAAAGAUGGACUUCCAGGCAAAAAAGGAAAAUGGGGGCCACCUGGACCAAUGGGUGACAUGGGAUUGCCGGGUGUAUCUGGUUCACGAGGAUUACCAGGGUCCAAGGGUAACCAGGGUGACCGAGGACUCCAGGGAAUUCAGGGACAACACGGCAGUAAGGGCUGGAUGGGAGAACCAGGUUUACCAGGUCAACCAGGAUAUUCUGGAAUGCCAGGGAUGAGGGGAAUAGAGGGUUCCAAAGGAAAUGCUGGUGUCCAGGGAAAGCAGGGCAACUGGGGUAGACCAGGAAGUCCAGGAAUGCCAGGGCCACAGGGUCCAAGAGGCUUAGCAGGAUCAAAAGGAGAGACUGGUGAAUCAGGAUCACUGGGCAUGCCAGGCAUAAAAGGCCAAAAGGGAGAGCCUGGCAUAUAUGGUGGAACUGGGCCUCAAGGCCUUAAAGGAAACAAGGGACUUUCAGGAAUGCCGGGGCCACGAGGACCAGAAGGAAUUUCUGGAAGGUUCAUUUCAGAUGAUUUCAUCCGAGAUAUUUGCAUGGACGUGCUAAGAACUCAAUUAUCUUCAGUUUUGCAAAUUCAAAGAAAUCAGAACUUCAGGUACUGCCAAGCAUGCAAAGGAUCAUCUGGCCCAGUAGGCCCUCCAGGCCCAGCAGGAUUGCCAGGAAUUCAAGGUCCAAGUGGCUUUCCAGGUUUAGAUGGUAAACGAGGUUAUCCAGGUCAUAUGGGUGCACCAAGCAUUCCAGGAAUCCAAGGACCUAAGGGAUUCCCUGGUGAGAAAGGUGAGAGGGGAGUGGGAGACUCUGGACAUCAUGGCCCACCAGGAAUACCAGGAUCUCCAGGCUUGCCAGGAAUGAGUAAUGAAGGGUACCCUGGAAGGUCAGGUUUACCUGGAAAUGAUGGAGCUCCUGGAAAAACAGGGAGAACAGGACAUCCAGGUCCACCUGGAACCUGUCAGCCAUCUCUAUGUUAUGAAACACUAGUAGGAAGAGAUCCAUUUAGAAAAGGACCAAACUAUUGAAGCAUUAUCAUCCCAUCGUACAUAUGAUUUUUGGAAUAUGUUUAUAGUUGAUUUUACUCUUUGAAAAGUCUCAGGAAAUUUACACCAGAACACCUACAUAUCAUCAAUCAUCUUUUCAUACUGUUGGCAAUGUGAGAGAUAUCAUUAGUUUAGAAGAAAUCAAUAACUACAUAUAUGGUGUUGGUCUUCAUUCUAAUCUUCUGUUUCAUUUACAUCAUUUGUAUUUGUUAUUUAACACAGCGCUCAGAGGUAGAAAGUUCAGAAAUUGUAGCACCUAUUAUUGAACAUUAAUAGCAUGCGUUGAUCUAUUAGCACAUCUUAUUACUUUGAUAAAAUCAAUUGGCAAUUCAUUUUUGUGACACUACUUUUUAUGUUGAGGAAAUCGAAUCAGAUAGGGUCACUUCCCUUCUAAAUUCAAUAAUUGUAAAGAUAUUCCAGCGAAUACACUCCAGAUAUAAUUUCCAAAGAUAUGUUCUCUUUUAUUAUUAGAUUACUUUUUCCCAUUGCAAAUUAUUAUUAAUUGACUUGCAGGGACUUACGUCAAAAGGGACCGCAGUUCAAAAGUACUUCUUAGUAUGCUUUAUUCAGGAUUGUACAAAACUCUUCUUUUCGCCAGGCUUUAUUUAGCUGUUUUUCUCAAUGUGUCAACUUCAUUUUGUAGAUAAUUUAUUUUCCAUAUUAUUAAAUAUAAAUCUCAAAAUAUGGCUCUGCUUAGAUUUCAUUUUAUUGUGUUAUUUUAUUACUAUUUCAGGAUUAAAUGUAUGUGCAUCAUGAUUUUGCAUACUAAUCCUUGAUACAUGAAACAGCUGCCAAAGGACUUGCUUCAGAGAAAAGACUGCAUUAUAUCAGCUUAAUUACUGAACAGUAAACACUAGUCUAUAAUUUAACUAAGUUAAGCAGAAUGAAGAUUUAUUUACCUUAAGCCUUUUCACAGACGAUAGGCGAAUAAUUUGUUUUAAGUCCAAACAUCUUAGUUUAGAAUUCAAACUACAUCCAUCUUUAUGAACAACCAUCUUUAUAAAUUCAAGUUUCAGGUACAUAUAAAAUCUGGAGACAUCGAGCCUACCAGAAACUGACUAGCAUAAAUGAAAUAAUUUGUACGAUAUUUUCAUUAUCAAUGUUCAUUGUUGGACCGAUAAAUUACUGCAUUUUUGCUUCAAAAAUUCUGGAAAUAAAAAGCAAGAAUCAGUAAAGUUGUGAUUGUGUUUUCUUUUUACAU